UGUACAUGUGGGGUGGAUGGGGUUGACAUGAACUGUCCCACAGUCCCUCCCACUGGGUAUGGCAUUCAGGUACAACUCCCUCCCUUCUACUAUAAAGCCUCUCAUGUUAGCAGCAUAAACUUCAGACUUCAACUCAUGGUAAAGUCUUUAAGCUAAAGUAGUAAAGAACACACUUGGAUGUGCACCAUUAAUUUUGUACAUCACAACACAAACUAGAGCCAGAGCUCCCAGCCAACAUGAGAUUAUUUCUGCACACCAUCAUCUGCUGCUGUGUUUUCACCACAGUCCUGCCAUUGGUAAAAGGGGCCAGAGGAGAGACCAACACCAGCCUGAGAAAAAGGUCUAGAGUAUGGCUGCAGAGCCAUAUGAAGAGAGACUUGCGCAGUCGCUUGGUGACAGGCGAUGACCAAUACUUUAGUGGACCGCAGCAGGACAGGCUUGCCAAAACUCUCCCAACCCCAUCAAGCUUUGGCCUAAAUAUAAGGUCCAGGAGGUCAACGUCAAGUCAAUCUGGUUGCUUCCUAAUCACAUGUAUAUACCAUGACUUGUUCCACCGAUUGGUCCAGAUAAAGAAGAACGAACAAACAGACACCACUGCUCCUACAUCAAAGAUAGGACGGAAUGGCUAUGGACGUCGCCGCCGCUCACUCCUGGAUGCCACUCAGCUCGUCCUCGAGACAGGAACGCAUAGAUGGAGCACGGAAACUGGUCAGCGAGUCAGCAACACCAAAAGCACACACACGGUGGCCUAAGGCAGGCAUGAGAAAGCAAAGGAGAGUCCCUGUUGAGGUUAUGUGAGCACUGCAGAUGAAGAUAAGUCCACGCAGAUCUUUUAUUCCACAGAUUCAGAGCUAGAUAUAGCGAAAGACUGGCUGCUACAUCUGCACAGCCCAUCAGAGGAAGCUCAAACCACUCUGGAUGAAUGGAAGAUUGAAAUAAAUCAAACUGAGACGUUUGUGUGCACAUGCUUCGGUUCAGGUUUCAGUGUCUCUGAACAAGUGUUUGAUUUAUUGAUGAAUUCAAGCCAGACCUAUGGGACUUGACAAGAAUGUCUGUCUCUUCUUCAGCAUCCAAAGCGAGCUUGGCAGCUGAGACAGAAGACAAUUCCUGAGGAUCUUCUCUGAAACACAAAGAUUGGAGGAACACAUUCUGCAACAAGGGAGCCUUUUUAUUUUACUUUUUCUUCAAGGAAUCAGCAUUACUGGGCCCCAAACUAUCAAAUGCAGAAUCCUCACAAAACUGAACUGAAUGUACUGAAUUGCUUGUUAGCUACAAUUUUUAUAUAUAGAUAAACAUAUAAAAUAUGUACCUUAUAUGUUAAACUAUGAAAGACUACCUUAUAAUGUAUGUAACUAUAAUUUCCAGCAACAAAACUGCAUAUUAAACAUCUUUAUUUUAACUUCAGUGAAGUAUCUGAUGUAUCUGAAAUGUGUCAAUUUUUUGUUUUGCUUUUUAUAUUUCUAUGUAUGUAUCUAAACAAUGAGUUGUACCAUUUGCCUUCACUUGAUUACACCUUUUUGGAACUUGCUCAUAUUUAACAUGUCUUAUGGAUAUUUAUCUGCACCUGAAGCAAAGCAGGCCUUUUAGUUUGGGGCUGAGCUUUCACUUAAAGGGAAGGAGAAGGAUUGAUGAGCUGAUGAAAGUGCUGUGCUGCCAUCUAGCUUCACAGCGGGCUUAUGUGUAACAAAUGCAGACCAAGCCAUUUCAAAGCAUCUACUUUGGUGUGUUAAAUGUUAGGUUUGACAUUUAUCGCCUCCUAUAUUUGAAUGUUAUAAAUCAUAAUCAUUUGCUCACAAUUCAGCUGAAAUUACUUGAAAAGGUAUUACUGAACCAGAUUGAUGUCUUGCUUCGAAUACCAGGAACUGUAAUAAUUUUCAGUAAUAAAUGAACAAAUAAAACAAUAAAAUAAACUUGAAGAAACCUUUAUUCUGUGAUCCACAUCAAUUAUUUACCUUGAGCGUGUGUGCGCUCGUGUUAGGGGGAAAUACGUGGCGUGUCCCUUGUCAUUUAAGGAUUGCGUGUGCUGUUUAAUAAAAUUAAACUCUGAGUCAUGUUGAGAGCAAAAUAUGUGACCCAGUGGUUUACAUUCCAUUCUAAAAAUAGCACUACUCAUCAGCUGCACUGUCUCAAGAAACACAUGUACUAAAAUUACAUUUGUAUUGGGUAAACAUGUUGCUCGGAUUGUGUAAGUUCGACCUCUCGGGACAAUAAAUUACGCUUUGGCAAAGACAGUCCAAGUUCUGCUUAAUGGAGAGGAGAGUGGUGCACUUUUUUAUACAUUAGAAACACUUACAUGAGGGGUAGAAAGAUAUAAUCACUGUGGAAUGUGACCCCCCCACCCACCCCACCCACACACACACACACACACACACACACACCUCCCUGUAUGCUGAGUGGUCACAGUGCCCUGAAAUGAUAAACAGAUUAGACAUAAAUGACAUAAAUUUGACAUAAAAACUUCAACUUCCCCUCUAGGAGGAUUAAAUCCUAUGAUGGUCUCUGGCUUUGCUAUGGGUUUGUUUGCAAAGAAACCUACAAACAUUUGAAAUAUUCAAUUAUAAAAAGCUCAUAUUUCACCCAUUGCUGUUUCCUGUGUUACUUAAUGUGCAAGUAAUGAACAAAUGGCACACAGACAUGUGAAGUUUUCUUCCUCUUCCCAAGUCCAGUACGUGUGCGUGUAGCUCUCUGAAGAACUAUCUGGGCCAACUGAACUUUGCAACAAGCACAGCCUGCGUUACAUUUCCAUUUCUGCCAAGUGGAAGAUUCAUGAUAUAUCCUGCCCACAAAAGAAAGAUGCUGGAGUGGUUCAUCAACAUAUUGCAGGUGCAGUAUCUUGAAAAUGGUCAAAGUACACCCUUUCAUUUCUAAGGAUUUACAUAUCAGGACAUACAGUAAAAGACAAAUUACUGAAGCUGUGUAUGUAAAACUAAGCAUACUCUUAUUGUUAACAUAGGAAUUCAAAGGUUAGGUAGCAACCAGGUGCUGUUAAUCAAGUGCACCUAAUUAACUGAUCAACAGCAAGUGAGCGCGCCUCAGUAAAAACAGAAAUUCUGUCAGUUUACUGGUCUGGAGCAUUCAGGUACAUGUUAAUACAAUCCCAAGAGGCAAAGCUUUUGGAGUCAUUGGUUGACCAUGAAUAGAGUCAAAUAUGAGGCCAUCUGUCUGACGGCCAAAGCUUGGUUUAAAUGAAAUAAGGAAAACCAAACAGCUGCUUCAGAGCUGAGGAUGCCAUCAUCUACCUGCACAAUCGUGUCAAUUGUGUCUGCCCAUCUG